CCAUGUGACCCCCAACCGGUGUUAAACAGAAGCACAUGUCCUUAUUUUUGUCAAAGUAUUUAAGUAUGCUUGAAACUAAUUCAGUUUCGAGUGAAGACACUAAAAUAUCUUCCUAUACUUUGUCACCAGAAGACAUUGCUAAAUUAGAAAAAGAUCAGAAACUGGUGUCUGAAUUCAAACAAAAUAAAUUUGAAAAAGAUGCUUGCAAAAAUUGGGAUUUGUUUUAUAAACGGAACACAACAAAAUUUUUUAAAGACCGACAUUGGACAACUCGAGAAUUCAAAGACUUGUUAAAUGAAUCAGAUUCUCAUAAGACAGCAUUGGAGGUUGGUUGUGGUGUUGGCAAUUUCUUGUUUCCACUGCUACAAGAAACCAGUUUGUUCUUCUAUGCCUGUGACUUUUCGAAACGAGCUGUAGAAUUCGUUAAGCAAAAUGAAUAUUAUGAUGAGAAAAGAUGCAAAGUAUUUGAGUGUGAUAUAACUGAAGAUGAUUUGAUGGCCCACAUCCCAUCCCAGUCUGUUGAUAUUGUUUCAUUAAUUUUUGUCUUAUCAUCAAUCCAUCCUGAUAAGAUGCUCAAGUGUUUACAGAACAUAAAGAAGGUAAUCAAACCCGGUGGUUGUCUUCUAUUCCGAGAUUAUGGUCUCCAUGACUACGCCAUGUUACGUUUUGCACCUGGUCACAAAUUAGCAGAAAAUUUCUAUGUACGGCAAGAUGGCACUCGGGCGUAUUAUUUCUCAACAGAGUUUAUUGAACAUUUACUGUGUGAUGCUGGUUAUGACAUCCAUCAACUCCAUUAUGUGAAACGGGAGACUGUCAACAAGAAAGAAGGGCUUUGUGUACCACGUAUAUUUGUACAAGGGAAGUUCAUGGUGACAACAUCUUCUUGAAGUUUGUGUGUGUAGCGGGGUGUCUCUUUGUAUUUCUGCUUGAUUACAUCAUCUUAAAGUUCUCUGUGGGUGUAUAUAUAUAUCAUUGUCAUCAUCCCAUUAACAUCUACUUUUCCAUGCUUGCAUGUGUCAGACAGAGUUUAUUGAGACAGAUUUCCUACAGCUCGAUGCCAUUCUUGCUGUCAACCCCUCACUUGUUUUCAAACUGGGUAAUAUUUCCCUCCAUGAUGAAACAUGUUUUCACAGAAAUUUGGAAGUGAAUUACACUACUUGUAUGACAAUUAUUUACAGCUAUCAUGUAAUUUGAAGACAAGGGGACACAAAAAUAGACUCACACACAUAACUCUGACCGCCCCCCUCCCCCCGCCGACUGAUCUUGGUCGGUGUUUGUGGACACUACGCAUACUAUUUUACUCUUUUACUUGUUUCAGUCAUUUGACUGUGGCCAUGCUGGAGCACUGCCUUUAGUGGAGCAAAUUGACCCCAGGACUUAUUUCUUUGUAAGCCUAUUACUUA